AAAUUGAAAACUCCAUCUGCUAUUAUCGGGGAAAGACCAUGAAACCAAUGGAAGCCAUAAGCAUACUUUUCUUCUUGUCAUCCAUAUGGAUUCUAUCUAGUGCUCUAGAUACCAUACCUGCAAAUCAACCUCUAACCGAUGGAAGCACCCUUAUUUCAUCAGGUGGCAAGUUUAAGUUGGGAUUUUUCUCCCCUGGGACAUCCGGGAAAUGGUACUUGGGAAUAUGGUUCAAUAAAGUUACUGUACAGACAGUGGUAUGGGUUGUUAAUACAGACAGUCCACUCAAUGAUAGAUCCGGUGCGCUAAAUCUUACCAGACAAGGAACUCUUACUCUUCUAAAUGGUUCUGGCCAUGUCAUUUGGUCCUCCAAUGCAACUAGACAUAUGCAAAAUCCAGUAGCACAACUUCUUGAUUCUGGCAAUCUUGUUGUUAGAGAUGUAGCCGAGGAUAAGCGUGAGAAUUACCUGUGGCAGAGUUUUGACUAUCCAGGUGACACAGCUUUACCUGGAAUGAAGCUUGGGAUCGAUCUGAAGACUGGUUUUCAUCGUUCCCUCUGGUCAUGGAAGAGCACAGAUGAUCCUUCCAGGGGUGAGUUUAUUUGGACAUUCGAUCCUCGUGGAUUACUACAAACAUUCAUCAUGAAUGGUUCCAUUGAACUCUACAGGGCCGGACCAUGGAAUGGUCGAGUCUUUCCUAAUGCACCAGCUCGCGACGCCUCGUGGAAUGGUUAUAACUAUACAUACUUUUCUGAUCCUGAGGAAAUAUCCUUCAUGUAUGAGCUCACAGACAGCUCUAUCAUUGCAAGGGUAGUGAUGCAACUGAAUGGAGUUCUACAGCUUUCAGAAUGGAAUAAUCAGACCCAAAAUUGGGACGAUGUUGUUAGCGUACCAGCAGAUAACUGUGACAUUUAUGGCCAGUGUCACGCAUAUGGUUUGUGCAACAGCGGCUACUCUCCAAUCUGCAGAUGUUUGGAUAAAUUUGAACCCGAAGAUCCAACAGAAUGGGCAAGGGGAAAUUGGUCAGGCGGCUGUGUUAGAAAGAGAACAUUGAAUUGCCAAAAGGAAGUUAAAUUCUUGAAGCAUUCAGGCAUCAAGUUGCCAGACACUCGUUUUUCCUGGUACAGCAAAGGAGUGACUCUUAAUGCAUGCGAGGAAUUGUGCUUGAGAAACUGUUCUUGUAUGGCGUAUGCAAAUCCAGACAUAACAGGAACAAAUGAAGGCUGUUUGCUUUGGUUUGAUGAUCUGGUCGACAUCAGGGAGUUCGGUGCUAGUGGACAAGAUAUCUAUAUAAAGUUGGACUCUUCCGAGUUAGAGAACUCCAGUACAGGGAAAGUAAAGAAACUGAAGAUCAGCUUGCCUCUGGCAGCAUUUGGUCUGCUCUUAACACUAAGCUUAAUCUUGUACAUAAGGCAAAAGCAACAUUUUAGCAAAGGAAGAGGAAUAAGAAGCUCUGAAAUGUUCUGCACUAACAAAAGCCAAGCUGAAGAACUAGAUUUACCAUUGUUUGAUUUUGAAACUAUAUCUGAUGCUACCAAUAACUUUUCACUGAGCAACAAGCUUGGAGAGGGUGGUUUCGGACCUGUUUACAAGGGUGUGCUGAAAGAUGGACAAGAAAUUGCAGUAAAGAGACUUUCAAGAUACUCAGCGCAAGGAACUGAUGAGUUCAAGAAUGAGGUUAUCUUCAUUGCCAAACUCCAGCAUCGGAAUCUUGUGAAGCUUCUUGGUUGCUGUAUUCAAGCAGAAGAAAAAAUGUUGAUUUAUGAGUACAUGCCUAAUAAUAGCUUGGAUUGGUUCCUUUUUGAUAAAGAUAGGAGGUCAGUGCUUGAUUGGCCUAAGUGCUUCCAUAUUAUUAAUGGAAUUGCUCGAGGACUUCUCUACCUGCAUCAAGACUCAAGAUUGCGGAUAAUCCAUAGAGAUCUGAAACCUAGCAAUGUUUUGCUAGACAUUGAUAUGAACCCAAAGAUAUCUGACUUUGGCAUGGCAAGAUGUUUCGGAGGAAAAGAGACGGGAGCCAUGACAACAAGAGUGGUCGGGACAUAUGGCUACAUGUCUCCGGAGUAUGCAGCAGAAGGAAAAUUUUCGGUGAAAUCAGAUGUAUUUAGCUUUGGAGUUCUAGUACUGGAGAUUAUAAGCGGGAAGAGAAAUAGAGGGUUCUUGCAUCCAGACCAUCACCAUAAUCUUCUAGGACAUGUGUGGAUCCUCUUCAAAGAAGGCAGGGUUUUGGAGCUAAUAGAUACCCAACCAAGGCAGUCAUGCAAUCUGUCUGAAGUUCAAAGAUCAGUCCAUGUAGGUCUAUUAUGUGUGCAGCAGCGUCCAGAAGAUAGGCCGAGUAUGGCAUCAGUUGUGAUGAUGUUGGGUAGUGAUGUUGCGCUGCCCUUGCCUAAAGAGCCAGGCUUUUUCAAUGGAAGAAGCAGAUUCACUGAAGCUGACAGUUCAUCUAGCAAGCAUGGCGAAACUUCUGUCAAUGAAUUAAGCAUCACACAGUUGGAUGCCAGAUAGGAGAAAAAAUUUCAGGUCAUUGGUGUUUUCUCAAGAAGCUAUAAUUACUUAAUUGCUCCCGUCACAUAGCUCAACAACUACUCAUUGUUCAACUAAAUAAGUCACACUUCAAGAAUCUGUGGCAUGGUAUUCAACAUGACUAUUUGGCACUAGAUUUCCUGCAUAUGACUGCAAGUAAUCCUGAACUCUACCUGAGCUAAAUACAUGGGGAAGUUGAGCUAAGUGAUUUGGUAGUCGUUGUGGCUUAAAAUAUGAGGAAUAUAUUCAAUUAUGCAUCAUGAGGGUUAAACAGUAUCUGCUAAGAAGCUUCAUAUAUGGAAAUAACAUCCAAUAGCAAUCUACUCCUGUAUUUGUGAGUCCUGCUUUGUACAAAGUUUAAGGAAAAUUGGUCAAACAUUAACAGGUUCCCUCUUUUUCAGGCUAUCAUUCAGUCGAGGAAAAAAUCUGUAUAUCUUCCUUCAUGGUUCUCUCAUUGACUUGUCUGAUUAUGAAAUCUAUGCACCAAGUUAGUUCUAAUCCUAGACCUUCUAAUAUUAGUAUCUAAUGAAAAAGAAAGAUUAUAUUGUGAUUUGUACCAAAGGUUGUGGCCUAGUGGUCAGUAAAGUGGGUUAAUAAUGAUGUCAAACAAGUCCACAGGGGCAAUAGUGAAGUUUGGUUAAGAUGUGGGAAAGGAAGGCAUCGUCUUUCAUCCAAAACGUCUUGCCCCAAAAUGAUUUCAAACAAGUCCACAGGGGCAAUAGUAAAGUCUGCUCGUCCAUGCCAAGGCCUUAAAAGUUAAGCUGCAUGCACGAGUAACUCCAAUGGCAGCUGUAAGUUUGUUGGCACUGACUGCCUUCGACCAAGUGUUGCUUAGAAUGUAUCUAAGACCAAACCUCUUGGUCUCAGCUUCAGUGGUGAAGAUGUGCGUCAAACUAGUGUCGACCAUGACCAAGCAGGCUGCCCACUCAGUUUCACGUCCAUGAACAAUGGUCCUUUUUCUUUCAACUGCUGUUUCUGGGCCACAGGUGCACCCAGCCACUUAAUAGUGCCAAGUUGUGCAACAUCUCGGUCAUCAGGGGGUGCUUGGGCUGCUUAUCCUUGACCAAAGCAUUGAGAUUACCCAAGUUAGGGCAGUGUCUGAUAUUGUGGUGGACCCUUACAAAGGUAACAGCCUUGGGAGCAUUGCUCUACUUCUUUUCAUCAUAAUUCUUAUGCCAAUGAGAAGUCUUGUGGCCAUCCGCUUGGAUUCACACGCUUUAGUAACACCUUUUCUUUUGUCAUAGUCUCCUCCCCUGGUGGUCAUGCCUUUAUUGUCCUUCAUCUUGGUAGUCUCAUUCAGAAAACCAGUUAAGGACUCCAUCACAACAAUGGAUUCGUCCAUAUCUUGAAAGUGAUGCAUCUGCAACUCUUGCUUCUCCAUGAAAUAGAACAAAAGGUUCUCAAUUUCAUGUCCAUGGAAGGGGCAAUCAUGGGAGAAGGCAAAAUGGAAGAAAUAUGAAGAAUUGUAGCAAUUUAACAAGUCCAUGCUAAUUUUCUCUAUGAUACUGCAACCGUCACUAAAAAAAAGUGAGGGAGCAUGCACCACCCUGCUGACCAGCCAACUGAUUAUCCUGCCUAAGUGCCAAAAGGGAGUUCAAGAUGUACAUACUUCAGCCAUUUUGACGAUUUCAGCAUUGAGCAUCCCAGGCUUGGUUUCAAAGACAAGCACGGCCAGCAUAUAUGGUCGUGCUGUACUUCCUCCCAACAGCUGGGAUCCCUAGGCGCUGACCAGCCUGAACAAGGAAAGCGUCAACACAGGUGUAUGAUUGUGGCUGCUUAGUAGGCGUUUGGACAUGCGAUUUCAUCUCUGAUUUCAUCUCAUGAGAUAAAAGGAUGACAUGGGAUUUGAAAUCAUGAUUCAAAAAAUAUAAAUGUAAAAAAUUUGACCCAUACAUUUAUAUUUUGUAAAAAAGGACUCAUAAGUUGGUAGAUAUAUUUAUCAAUCAUGUUUACCAAUCAUA